UCUCCAUUAAUGUCUGUCUUUAUUUUCACAUGAACACUGGAGGAUAUGCAAUGGCUUUUUUCAGCGCAAAAAUUCACAUCCUACCAGGUCAAGUGACUGGAGUUCACCUGUCUCGGGUGUACCGCACCUUGCGCCAGGCUUCAGAAGCUAGAUCCCCGAGUCUCGAGGUCCAGCUGGGCGUGGAGACGGGUACGUGCCCGCCGCGCCUCGCGCAUGCGCCCUAGGCCCGCAGGGCCCCGCGCUCGAAGCUCAGCUCCCAGUGUACCCUGCUUUAACUAGCCAGCCAAUUCACCUUCCUUCCCGAAGCUCCCAAUUCGGCAUUGCCUGGAGGCGGAAGUGGGUGGGAGGGGCCAGAUGUGAGCCCCUCCCCGGAAGUGGGCGGGCCCCAAGGGCUCCACAGUCGUUCCGCCGCCGCCCAGUCGGGUUGCGGCGGAGGCCGGUCCUGGCUUUGUAGCUAGCUCAAGAUGGCGGCGCAGCCACCCCGCGGGAUACGCCUCAGCGCGCUUUGCCCGAAGUUUUUACAUACAAAUUCUACUAGUCACACCUGGCCAUUCAGUGCAGUUGCUGAAUUAAUAGAUAAUGCUUACGAUCCUGAUGUGAACGCUAAACAAAUAUGGAUUGACAAAACAGUAAUAAAUGACCAUAUAUGCUUGACAUUCACUGACAAUGGGAAUGGUAUGACUUCUGAUAAAUUACAUAAAAUGCUAAGCUUUGGCUUCAGUGACAAAGUCACCAUGAAUGGUCAUGUGCCAGUUGGAUUAUAUGGGAAUGGCUUCAAGUCAGGUUCUAUGCGUCUGGGUAAAGAUGCAAUUGUUUUUACCAAAAAUGGAGAAAGCAUGAGUGUGGGCCUUUUGUCUCAGACCUACUUGGAAGUCAUAAAAGCGGAGCAUGUUGUUGUUCCAAUAGUGGCAUUCAACAAGCACCGACAGAUGAUUAAUUUAGCAGAAUCAAAAGCCAGCCUUGCUGCAAUUCUGGAACAUUCUCUGUUUUCUACGGAACAGAAGUUACUGGCAGAACUUGAUGCUAUUAUGGGCAAGAAGGGGACAAGGAUCAUCAUUUGGAAUCUCAGAAGUUACAAAAAUGCAACGGAGUUCGAUUUUGAAAAGGAUAAAUAUGAUAUCAGAAUUCCUGAGGAUUUAGAUGAGAUAACAGGGAAGAAGGGGUAUAAGAAGCAGGAAAGGAUGGACCAGAUUGCCCCUGAGAGUGACUAUUCCCUGAGGGCUUAUUGCAGUAUAUUAUAUCUAAAGCCAAGAAUGCAGAUCAUCCUACGUGGACAGAAAGUGAAGACGCAGCUGGUUUCGAAGAGUCUUGCCUACAUCGAACGUGAUGUUUAUCGACCCAAAUUUUUAUCUAAAACAGUGAGAAUUACCUUUGGAUUCAACUGCAGAAAUAAAGAUCAUUAUGGGAUAAUGAUGUAUCACAGAAAUAGACUCAUCAAAGCUUAUGAAAAAGUUGGAUGUCAGUUAAGGGCAAACAACAUGGGUGUUGGAGUGGUUGGAAUUAUAGAGUGUAAUUUCCUUAAGCCAACUCAUAAUAAACAAGAUUUCGACUAUACUAAUGAGUACAGACUUACAAUAACAGCACUAGGAGAAAAGCUGAAUGAUUACUGGAAUGAAAUGAAAGUGAAGAAAAAUACAGAAUAUCCUCUAAAUUUGCCAGUUGAAGAUAUACAGAAGCGUCCUGAUCAGACAUGGGUUCAGUGUGAUGCCUGUUUAAAGUGGCGGAAAUUACCUGAUGGCAUGGAUCAACUUCCUGAAAAAUGGUAUUGCUCCAAUAACCCUGACCCACAGUUCAGAAAUUGUGAGGUUCCAGAAGAACCUGAAGAUGAGGAUUUGGUACAUCCCACUUAUGAAAAAACCUACAAAAAGACCAACAAGGAAAAAUUCAGGAUCAGACAACCGGAAAUGAUCCCUCGGAUUAAUGCUGAACUGUUGUUUCGGCCAACUGCUCUUUCAACUCCAAGCUUUUCUUCUCCUAAGGAAAGUGUUCCAAGAAGACAUCUUUCAGAAGGAACAAAUUCUUAUGCGACAAGACUUCUAAAUAAUCAUCAAGUUUCACCCCAGUCUGAACCUGAGAGCAACAGCCUGAAACGGAGACUUUCUACUCGUUCCUCAAUUUUGAAUGCAAAGAAUCGGAAAUUGAGUAGUCAGUUUGAAAAUUCAGUUUAUAAAGGUGAUGACGAUGACGAAGAUGUCAUCAUCUUAGAAGAAAACAGUACCCCCAAACCUGCAGUAGAUCAUGAUAUUGAUAUGAAAUCAGAACAGAGUCACGUUGAGCAAGGUGGUGUUCAGGUCGAGCUUGUGGGUGACAGUGAACCUUGUGGCCAGACUGGUUCAACCAGCACCUCAUCAUCCCGAUGCGACCAGGGAAAUACUGCAGCUACCCAGACUGAAGUACCGAGUUUAGUUGUUAAAAAAGAAGAAACUGUUGAAGACGAGAUAGACGUAAGAAAUGAUGCAGUGAUUCAGCCCUCCUGUGUAGAAGCUGAAGCAAAGAUACAUGAAACCCAGGAAACCACUGAUAAAUCUGCAGAUGAUGCAGGCUGCCAAUUACAAGAACUGAGAAACCAGCUACUCCUUGUCACCGAGGAGAAAGAGAAUUAUAAAAGACAGUGUCAUAUGUUUACUGAUCAAGUCAAAGUGUUACAACAGAGGAUAUUAGAAAUGAAUGACAAGUAUGUUAAGAAAGAAACUUGCCAUCAGUCCACUGAAACCGAUGCUGUAUUUUUACUUGAAAGUAUUAAUGGCAAAUCUGAAAGUCCAGACCAUAUGGUAUCUCAGUAUCAGCAAGCUUUGGAAGAAAUAGAAAGGCUGAAAAAACAAUGUAGUGCUUUGCAACAUGUAAAGGCUGAAUGCAGCCAGUGUUCCAAUAAUGAGAGUAAAAGUGAAAUGGAUGAGAUGGCCGUGCAGCUUGACGAUGUGUUUAGACAACUGGACAAAUGCAGUAUUGAGAGGGACCAGUAUAAAAAUGAGGUUGAAUUGCUGGAAAUGGAAAAAUCACAAAUCCGUUCACAGUGUGAAGAACUCAAAACUGAAGUUGAACAGUUAAAAUCUACAAAUCAACAGACAGCAACAGAUGUUUCAACAUCAAGUAACAUUGAGGAGUCUGUAAAUUAUAUGGAUGGGGAAAGCCUCAAACUCCGAUCUCUUCGAGUUAACGUAGGACAACUGCUGGCUAUGAUUGUGCCUGAUCUUGAUCUUCAGCAAGUGAAUUACGAUGUUGAUGUAGUUGAUGAGAUUUUAGGACAAGUUGUUGAACAAAUGAGUGAAAUCAGUAGUACUUAAAGUAUAUAUUAUGUAAGAUAAGAAGACAUUUGCUCAAUGCUUUUGGUUGUACAGCUUUUAAAAUAUAAGUAUGUUUGUUUUAUAGAUAUGAUAGGCAACAGACUGCAAACCAUAAUCUUUACUGUAUUCUAUGCAUUCAAAUGUGGUCACAGAUAUUGUGGACACAUUAUCAGAUGUUUUGAAAUACCUGUGAAUUGUUGGCAUUGAGCAGCUGAAGCUAAGUCAUGACUCUGUUUGGAAUGUAAAUAUUUGUAAUUAAGCCUGCACAUAUUUUUUUAUUGCCCUAGAGUACUGAAGUGUUUUUCACCAAGAGCUUUUCAGGUUGCCCCUAAGCUUUGUGCAAUUUUUUCUGGUUCCCCAAAGUGUAUUUUUCUCUUAAGUCGAGGGCUAUGCCAUAAUACAAAUGGAAAUGUUACCUUUGAUUUUCUUAUAAAGGAGUUUAUUAAAUAGGAUUUUUAAAUAAUGUAGUAACACUCCUGAUACAACUCUGGUUAUAAGUGAAUUGAGCAUUAAUGUUUCUUUUGUAUAAAUUCCUAUCCUGAAAUAUUUUAUUCAUGAAAAUAAGGUAAGCAAAAACCAACUCCAUUUUGCCAGGAUUUUCUUGUGCUGAGAUUGCCAAUCACGGUUAAACACAAAGUGUUUUUAUGGAACAAAGAAACAGUCUUUAACAGAAAAAAGGUAUUGAAAUAUUAAAUGGCCACCAAGUUUACUUUGAAGCCCAUUUUUGGCUGUUUAGUCAGCAUGAAGUGGGCAUGAUAAUUUUUUAAUAUUUCUUUUUGUGAAAUUUCCUGUACAGCCUUUUGUAGGAUUACUACAGGUUAAUGUGAGUUGAGGAAGAGAAUCUUUCUCGAACAAUACUACAUACCUUUUAUUAUAUUACAAACCUAAGUGUUUUAUAUCCUGGAGUCAAGGAACAAAUUACCUUAGGAUUAUAGUAUUACAUGCCAUAAAAUACUAUGCUUUAUUGGUCCCAUGUUUUGUGCAAUUUUAAAGAGAUGGCUUUCUAUUAAGUAUAAACUAUGUAUAUAUAAGAACCAUAUUUUCCACAACUAAAAUGUGCAUUAUUUUUUCCAAAGUUUUAUCAUUGCUAUUUAUUUUUACCUUUGUUUUUGAACAUUCAAUCCGUUCAUUUUGUAUGUAUGCUUAAUACAUGUCUGUCAUAUACAAUACUGAAUUUUUACUGUAUAGUAAUUCUGGAAAGAGCAAAUAAAUGAAGAUUGUUUUUAUUUGCCUGAUAAAGUAAUUGAAAGUGUAUUUUUGGUAUGAAGCUGGUUUUCUGUCACAAUUGUAAUUUCCCAAAUUUUAAAAUAUCUUGUAAUAAAAUAAAAAUAUAUGAUGGCUAACUGUU